AUGUUAGCGUGUCGCUGCCUGCUGCUCACCGUGGUGCUGCUCGCCGCCGGAGUCCGAAGUCAGAGCUGGAGACCCUGUACAGACCUGCAGCCUCUCGACCUGCUGUCCAGAGCCCUGCCCGGCCCAGGACAAGCCCCGCCCCCACAGGUGCAGAUGGUUCAGUCCAAAGGCUCCAGAGGUCUCCGAUUGGUCGGCGCCGCGGCAACAGCGCUGAGUUUUCCCGCCUCUCAGAUCUUCAGUAACUGUGACUACUUCCCUGCUGAGUUCUCAUUGGUUGCCACCAUCAAGAUCCCGAGACUGAGACAGAAGAGGAAUGAGUACAUCUUCUCCGUCGUGGACGAGGGAUCCGAUUCGCUGCUGGUGGGGCUGCGAGUCUCAGAGGACCGCCUCCACUUCCUGUCCACGGCCUCCGGCGUCGCUGGGCGGAGCCGGCUGAGCUUUAAGGGCGUCGGACUGGACGAUAACCGCUGGCACACGGUGGUGCUGGCCGUCACCGGACCGCACGCCACGCUGACCGUCGACUGUGGACUUCCUCUGGAGCUUAAACAGGUCCAGUCGUUCCCCAGCGCUCUGAGCACCAGAGGGUCCAGGUUCUUCAUUGGCAGCAGGAGGAGGUUGAGGGGCCGCUUCUCUGGUUUACUGCGUCAGCUGGUUCUACUUCCUGGUUCGGAUGCCACGCCCAGACUGUGCCCGACCUCUGACCCCAGCCUGGCUGAGCUGUCGGUCCCCCGGGUCCUAAAGUCCCCCCCUCUUCAGCCCGACCACGAUGGCCCAGUGUACCCGUACGAGGCGGAGGCCAGAGUGACUCUGGGUAAUCCUCCCCCGUGUUCUGGACCAGAAGAAGGUCAGCUGUGGUUCAACGCUCAGAAGAAACACCUGUUCAUCUGUGACGGACUUACCUGGAGGACUCUGCUGCAGAAUCAGGAGCGUUUGGACUACGUGGAGGACUACCAGGAUCUGUACACCAGCUCAGAAACCUUUGACGUUGAGGUGUUCUCCAUCCCGUCUGAAGGUCUGUUCAUGGCUGCAGCCAACAGGGACUCUCGUCCCGGUUCAGGUAUCUACAAAUGGAGAAACGGGUCGUUCCAGCUCUACCAGAACAUCAGCACUCAGGAGGCUCGAGCCUGGAAACACUUCACCAUCGGUGACCAGAUUUUCCUGGUGGUGGCGAACUCCAGGGAGGCGGAGCCUGAGCUGUCAGUCAUCUACCGGUGGAAUCAGCGGCGGCAGCGUUUCCUCCGUCACCAAACUCUGGAGACUCACUCCGCUCUGGACUGGGAGGCCUUUCACAUCCACAACCACAGCUUCCUGGUGGUGGCCAAUCACAGACGAGACUCCAACCACAACAUCCACAGUGUGAUCUACAGGUGGAACCCAAACACAAAGCUGUUCGAGGUGAACCAGACACUGUCCACGUCCGGAGCGUAUGACUGGGAGUUCUUCUCGGUGGGACCGUACCACUUCCUGGUGGUGGCCAACACCUUUGACGGUCAGACCACCACCAUCAGCUCCACCGUCUACGUCUGGCUGGACGGCUGCUUCCAGACCUUCCAGAGCAUCCCGACGGUGGGAGCGACGGACUGGGAGACGUUUCAGAUCGACGGCAGGUUCUUUCUCGCCGUCGCCAACAGUCAGAGGGUUUCCAACAGCGGCCCAAAUCUCUACAGCAUCAACUCCACCGUGUACGAACUCAACCGGCUCACACAGACCUUCAUCCGCUUCCAGGAUAUCCUCACACACAGUGCUGUGGACUGGGAGUUCUUCACCAUCGGAGAGGAGAAGUUCUUGGUCGUAGCCAACUCUCAUGAUGGCAGCUCGUACUCUCUGAACAGUGUCAUCUACAGGUGGCAGGGUUACGAGGGCUUCGUUCCGGUCCACAGUCUGCCAACGUUCGGCUGCAGAGAUUGGGAAUACUUCAGCACCGAUGAAGGCUCCUUCCUCGUUUACUCCAGCGCCACCUCCAGGCUCAGCAAGGUCUUCAAACUCAGGACCUACUGA